AUGACCGCAUCAACCGACUCCAACAGCCCAUCCCAGGCGCCCCAAAACCCCAACGCAAAGACAGACGUCAAGAUCCUCAUGCUACACGGCUACACACAAUCCGGGCCCCUCUUCCGCGCCAAAACCCGCGCCCUAGAAAAACUCCUCGCAAAAGUCCUAUCCCCGCUAUCUCUCUCCCCCGUGCUCAUCUAUCCCACUGGCCCUACCCGCCUCCUACCGCAAGACAUGCCCUUCUACACGCCCAAUCCAGACCAGCAAGACGACUACCAGCCCGACACGUGGGCCUGGUGGCGCAAGGACGACGGCUCAGGCGAAUACCGGUAUCUAGAGAGAGGCAUGGAGACGAUUGCAGAUGCUAUCCGGGAGGCAGGUGGUGUAGAUGGCGUUUGCGGAUUCAGUCAGGGCGGCGCUGCGACGGGUCUUAUAGCCGCGGCGUUGGAACCAGAGCGCGCUGUUCCUGAGGGUUCGGCGGGAGAAUGGGUGCGGAAGCUGAGGGAGGCGAAUGGAGGGAAGCCGGCCAAGUUUGCGGUGUCGUAUUCUGGGUUUUGGGCGACGCCGGAAUCGUUGCAGUUUUUGUAUAAGCCGCAUAUUACGACGCCAUUUUUGCAUUAUAUUGGGAGUUUGGAUACGGUUGUGGAAGAGAGCAGGAGUCAGGCUUUGAUUGAUAGUUGUGAGUUUGCGACAAAGAUGGUACAUCCGGGUGGUCAUCAUGUUCCUGUGUCGAAGGAGUGGGUUAUGCCGUUGGCGGGAUUUAUUAAGCAGCAUGUUUAUGAUACGGCGCCAAAGGCAGGGUUAUGA